UCCCUUGAGGUUUCAGGACACUUAAAAUGUUGCUUUGACAAAAAUCAAGGAUGUGGAGAAGUUUUUCCUGUGUGAUGUCACUUCGCUGCCCUUUAUAAACCUCUGCAGAAAAGAAGGGAACCUAUCUGAGGGUUCACACUCCAGACACAGGCGACCGAGGGAAAGCGAGAAGCGCAGAGCCGCGUCGCGCUGCCGAUACCGACCACCGGCUGGGCACGGCGAGCCAUGCCACCCAGCAGCCCCUACAGCUGCCUGGCGUACCUGCUGCUGCUGCUGCUGCUGCUCGGUAGCCUGAAGGCGACCCUCGCCUUUCCCAACUCCUCUCCGCUGCUGAGUCCCAGCUGGGGGAAUGGGGAUCGCCUGAUGCACCUCUACACAGAUACGGAGAGGAACAGCUUCCAUCUCCAAAUCAAUGCUGAUGGCUACGUUGAUGGUGUUCCUCACCAAACCAUUUACAGUGCCCUAAUGAUCAAGUCUGAGGGUGCUGGCUCAGUGAUAAUCACAGGUGUGAAGAGUGGACGCUACCUAUGCAUGGACACGAAAGGAGACAUUUUUGGUUCUCACUACUUCAGUCAAGAGGACUGCGUGUUCAACCACAGGACGCUGGAAAAUGGAUAUGAUGUGUACCAAUCUCCCAAACACAACUUCCUGGUUAGCUUAGGCAGAGUUAAACAAGCUUUCUUCCCUGGCAUGAAUCCACCACCAUACUCCCAGUUUUUGUCCAGGAGAAAUGAAAUCCCUUUGUUUCGAUUCAACACACCUGAGCCCCACAGAAAUACUAGAAGUGCAGAUAUCGAUCCAAUGGAUCCUCACCAGAUCCUGGUCCCGCAGAGAAAGAUCUCCGUGUUUGGAUCUCAGUUGCAGCAGCAAGCAGACUUUUCCCACGUGCCCAGAGAACCCGUGAGAAUCAACCAGAAUGACGUGGUUAACCCAGAUGACCCACACGCCAUGAUGGAUGCCAGGAGGUAUGCGAGUCCUCGCUUUUAUAUUACAAGAUAACUGGGGCCCCGCCACUUGCAAAUUGAAGACAUGGGUGAAUACAAUAGGCAAAAGGAACUGUUUAGCACACUCAGCCUGAAUGUCAAAAUGGCUAUUAGAAACCUGAAAGACUUUGGGAAAAAAAUCCUUAAUUUCAAAUUUUGUCCUUAUAGAUGACAGUUUAUUGAAAAAACAAGUUAGACAUUUUCUAGCUGGGGAUCUGUUUUGCCGGAAAGAAGAUACAUUUUUUAAAAGAAUAAUGCAAACAAAACCUUUUAGUGUCUGAAUCACCUUAAGUAUGCAUCAGUGAAAAAAAGAAUUCCCCUGAAUGAAAUGAGAAACCAAUGUUAUGUUACUGAUGUAACCGGGAAGAGACCUGGAGCAUCUGAGAUUCCAACAGAGGCAGGGAAUCCUCUUACUAGCACCAUCCCUGCCUGUGCAAGCACAGUAGGCAAACUCACCGAUGCUGUGUUAUAUUAUUAUAUAAAAUUUACUAUAUAUGUUUUUAGCUGUUAAGUUGGAGCUUCAGUUUCUUUUCACGCCCAUAGGAGUAAAAAAGUGACUGCUUUGCUCUCAUAGGAGCAGCACACAUGGAAAACUGGAGUAGCUGACAGGAGAACAGGACAAGAUCAAAUGGUCUUGCGUAGAAAGAGUAAUUUCUGAGGCUUAUUGAAUCCAAGGUGGGGUUUGGGGAAAAAAAAAAAAAAAGAGGAGAGUCUCACUGUUCUCUCAGAUGAUUUUAUGAUUCUCAGAUGAUUCUAUGAUUCUAAUUCUAUGAUUCUUUAAAGUCCUUCUCUAUCACAUUUCUAUAUUCACUAAAUCCUAGCAUCACAAUAUGGAAUUAUAAUGUAGAGACAUUCAUUAGUUUUGCAUAUUUCCAACUCAGA